UAAAUAAGCGGAAAGACCUCAAUUUUAGCUCUAACACACAAUCAAAUUAAGAGGGUAUCUCUAUUUUUCCCUUCAUUUCUUCUUCUGCCCUGCUCAGAUUAUCAAAAAAUAACAAAAAGGGCACUCUUGAUUUUGACAAAUUCAGAAACAUUAAGAAAUGGCUGUAAAACCAACUGUCGCGCUGAGGGCUAUGCUUGUCGGAGGCAUUGCUGUAUUUGCAAAAGUAGCUGGUGUUAUGAAGGCCGCCGGAGGAGCAAAGCUGGGUGCUGCAGCUACUGCCAUGACAAUGGCUGCAAGUGCUGCUAUGUCAGCAACAAAAUCAGAUCAGAAAGAUGCUUCAACUUCAAAAUGAUUUUUGUUUUCGAAACUUCAAAAUGAUUUUCGUUUUCUUUGUUCCAAUUUUUAGCUCAAAUAGUAGUAGCUUAUGUAUCAUAGUUGGCUGUUCCCCCAUGAGCAUGUUGGGAGUAGAAAUAGCCCAUGUUUGAAAUUGUAAUUUUGAUCACAAGAAAAUAAUUAAAAUCUGCAAGACAUAAAAGAUAUACAUUUUUUAUUUCCAUUGAAGGAUUUGAUGUAACUUGGAAGACAAGCUAUUUUUACAAGCUGCAUUGAUGAAUAAUUGAAGUACUCCAAUCUCCAAAACUUGUUCCUUAUCCUUUUGACUGUAUUGUCUUUCAUCCUACACAAUGCCAACUAGCUGUAUAGUGUUGGAGUUCCGGAAAUUGUGUACCACAGUUUUUGCAUGCAUAAAAUGCGUCGCUAAAGCUGAUGCAAGUUUGAUUUACUUGAACCACACAUGAAGUCUGGCUGAUCUACUGAAUGUAGUACAAGUUCUGACUGCGGAGACUCUAGCUCAAGAAUAACC